GUUACACACAACAAAAACGUGUUGGGCGACAAACAUCUGUUUGUUUGAAGGACCGUGAGCAAACGACGGCGUGCAAAACAGCUAACACACCAUCAUGACCAAGCUCAAGGGCUUCGAUUUCUGGAGAAAGACUCUGAAGGGGGCGCAGUACGUGGUAGCACCCAUGGUGGACCAGAGUGAGCUUGCGUGGCGCCUGCUGAGCCGUCGCCAUGGGGCUCAUCUGUGCUACACCCCCAUGCUGCACGCUCAGGUGUUUGUCCGGGAUGUGAACUACAGGAGAGAGAACCUCUAUAGUGAGGUGUGCGAGGAGGACCGGCCGCUCAUCACCCAGUUCUGUGCUAAUGACCCCGAAGUGUUUGUCCAGGCGGCACUGCUUGCUCAGGACUACUGUGAUGCCAUCGACCUGAAUUUAGGAUGUCCUCAGAUGAUCGCCAAAAGAGGGCACUACGGCGCAUAUCUUCAGGAUGAGUGGGAGCUCUUGGAGAAAAUGGUAAAGUUAGCCGACGAAAAGCUGUCUGUGCCUGUGACUUGUAAGAUCCGGGUGUUUCCAGAGGUGGAGAAGACAGUGCAGUAUGCCCAGAUGCUGGAGAGAGCCGGGUGUCAGCUGCUGACUGUUCAUGGCCGCACCAAAGACCAGAAAGGACCAAUGACCGGCAUUGCCAGCUGGGAGCAUAUAAAGGCUGUUCGGAAAGCUGUGAGUAUUCCUGUGUUUGCUAACGGCAACAUCCAGUACUUGAGCGACGUGGAGCGCUGCAUCCAGGAGACGGGAGUUCAGGGAAUCAUGAGUGCCGAGGGAAACCUGCACAAUCCUGCUCUGUUCGAAGGCCGCAGCCCCCCGGUGUGGGAGAUGGCGGAAGAGUACCUGGAGGUGGUUCGGAAACACACACCCUGCUCAUUGUCCUACGUCCGAGCCCACUUGUUUAAGAUGUGGCACCACACGCUGCAGAUCCACCAGGACCUGCGCGAAGAGCUGGCCAAAGUGAAAACACUGGACAGCCUGGCGGAGGUCAGCCGGCAGCUAAGGCUUCGUUGUCAGGAGGAGAUCGCCAAAGAAGAAGACCUGCCACAGGGUGACCUGCCUUUUCCUCACUGGAUCUGUCAGCCCUAUGUUAGACCUCCGCCAAAGGAGCCAGUGGCCAACGGUCAGUGUCUACUGGUCAAGAGAACGCAAUGUCAGAAGAGGGCUUUGGAGAACUCGGAGCCCACAACCGAAAGUCUCUCCAAGAACAAGCAGAAGAAGAGGUCCCGCAACCCCAACAAGAAUUUUAGCUCGGAACAGAAACCCAAGUACGUCAAGUGUGAGCAGUGUGGAAACCCAAAGGGUAACAAAUGUGUCUUCAACCUGUGUCGAGGCUGCUGUAAGAAGAAGGCCUUCAAGGAGGUGGCUGAUUGUCCAAGUCAUGGCCUGAGAUUCAAGACAAAGGCAGAAAAGCGGAAAGCAGAGGAACAGGAGAACGAGAUGGCAAACGCUCCACCUGAGUAUACCUCAGAAUUUCUCACCCCUGGUCCUCUCACAGAGCUGCAGGGACAGUGUGAGACCUCACUUUAAGUCCUCUUCCAACUCCUUUGACUUAAGGCUUCCAAAGCAGCAAUAUUUGGAUUUUUAAAAUGGCAUAAUUGAGCAUCUGUAUCUUCACCUUCCUUCUCAACUACAUUACAAAAAGGCUGGAUGAUUUACUGUUUUACCAUAACCAAAAUGAAUUCAUGGCCACUUGUUAUUAAUAUGUAAUAUUAUUUAGCAUUUGGCUGAAGCCAAACAUUUUAGUGUUUUCUCAUUGUUAGAGGGAGAAUAGUGAUGCAUUUAUUCAGACUGGGGUUAGCAAAGUAGACGAUGGAUAACUGCAAAACGCACAGAUGACUUUUGUCCUUGCAUCACACAUCCAGAGUUUAAUCAUGAUAUUUUUGUGACAUUGAAGAAGAGACCUCUUUUGUGUCAUUUUAGCUACAAUCUUGAUUUUUUUUUUAAGUCUCACAAUAUCAAAAAGAGAAAAUGAAAAAUGCACUGACUCACUUCAUUUUAAUUCCGUAAAAUACUCAUCUGUUUGGGAGAUUGCCUUCUUAAUGCAAAAUCACAUAUUGUAUCCAAAAGCAGGUAUCGCUUGUUUAAGACUGGUCUGUCCCCCAGUGGAGACUUGUCCUGCUCUGUAACCUCUGCUAUUCCGUUUUGCACUAAUGAAGUGAUCUUCUGCCUUAUUCAGCUGUUUGUUCAUUUCACUAAUGUCAACCACAAACAAAAUGGUAAGGAAAUAGCAGUGCAGGUCAUCCAUCGAGACCAGACCGGGGUAUUUAUUUUGAAAGCAGCUUUUAUAUGUGCCUUCUGAUGACUACCACUUCCUGUUUACAUGAAGACUUAAAGGAACAUGUGUUUGUAAUAAAUGACAUUCAGAGAGAAAAUGGUGCGUAUUCCUGUCCCCCCCCUUGUCAGUGAAGACUGCAGUAAAGAUGUGGGAAACAAAUUCUUCACACCAUUUUUUUUGGUUUUGCUGUGCUUACAAUGACAAGGAUGAUAUUAAUAAAC